AUCAUGGGAAAUUGCCAUGCUCGGAUUAAUAAAUUGUACAACUCACUGGGUAACGACGAAGAUCCAGACAGUGACUGGAAAAAACAAACCGAGGCUGCCAAACACAACGAAGUCUACAAAUUAGUUAAUUUUACUAAUGGUGGUAAAUUAAUUGAAGAGUAUAACACACGUGGCAAAAAUGGUUUCAAAGAUUUUAUUAAAAACUUGCUACCGUUAUACGUGACAGGAGACGGAGAUGGGAUAAUCACUGAUAAAAAAGAGUUUGCACAAUUUCUACAUGACCCCACAGGAGAGAAUAAACUGACGGAAAAGCAGUUGUUGGAAUUGUUUGAAACUGAAGUUGAUUCAUACAUUGAAAACGAAUUUGACGAUCGUGGCCACGAAACCUGUUGGUCAUUGUUUAAAAGAGGCGGAGUUGGAGAAACUGCCUUACAUCUUUGUUACUUAAAUAAUACCCAUGUACAUAAAGACAUUGCCACGUGUAUGUUAGAACUCUGCCCGAAAUUGGUCCUGGAUAUAUACGAAGGCAAGGAAUAUUAUGGUGAAAGUUGUCUACAUAUUGCAAUAGUUAACAACGACCUACAAGCUGUUAAACAGUUAGUAGGGAAGUACAACGCCAGACUAGACCAGAAAGCUUCUGGAAGAUUCUUCCUUCCUGAGGAUCAACAGAAAGAAAUCCGCGACUCAUCGGAUGACUACUUUGGUUAUGCGUAUUACGGAGAAUACCCAUUAAGCUUUGCGGCAUGUAUGGGAAAUGAAGAUAUAUACGAUUACUUAAUUGAGAUGAGUUUAAAACGUCCACAUCUAGGACAAGUUGAUCCAAAUGCCCAGGAUAGAUUUGGGAACACUAUAUUACAUAUGUUGGUUAUCCAUGAUAAACCAACAAUGUAUGCACAUGUAUUAAAACAUGACGUCAUGCCAGCCGAUCCGGAGAAAAGGAACAAAGGCGAGCUUACGCCAUUAGCUUUGGCCUGCAAACUUGGGCGGAAUAAGAUGUUUAAUUUUUUAAUGGAAAUCGGAAGCACUGUGUUCUGGUCCUAUGGUAACGUACAAUGCAAUGCGUAUUCAUUACAAGCGGUAGAUUCUAUUGGACGAAAUGGAAAUACGGAUUGGUAUUCUGCCUUAAUGUUGAUAGUUGAUGGAAACAGUGAUAACCACCUAACAAUGCUAUCUACCGGUGUCAUUUAUAAACUUCUUGAAGCCAAAUGGAAGACUUUUGCAAGACGCUAUUUGUUUAUCCAUUUAAUAGUAGCCUUGAUUCACCUGUUGCUGUUAUCUAUAUGUGUAUAUACCAGACCUGCUGGUAAUUUAGUUGGAGACACCGAUCCCACAAGUAUAUUACGAUAUUGCUGUGAGAUUCUUGUUUGUUUUAUUGCCAUAUCAAAUUUUAUAUUCGAAAUCAAAGAAAUCAAAGUUAUCGGUGUCCGCAGAUUUCUCUCAAAUUUGUCUGGUGUGCCGGCUAAAACUACCCAUUUAUUAUCCUGUAUACUCAUCCUUUGCUGCAUACCGCUGCGAAUUGCUGGAGCUCGUUACGCCGAAGAUAUAUUGUUUAUCACCGCUGUAGCUACAGCAUGGCCACAUUUGUUAUUUUUCUUCAGGGGUUUGAGAUCGACAAACUUGGGGCCGUUUAUCACUAUGAUUUAUAAAAUGAUUACAAAUGAUUUACUGAGAUUUGGAAUUAUUUACUGCAUCUUUCUACUCACGUUUUCUCCGUCACUGUAUUACCUGUAUAAAGAUGUUGAUGCAGACACUUCCGAAUCGAACGUAAGAGCAUUUGACACUCCAUAUGGUACCGUAAUGUCGUUAUUCCAUAUGUCAUUUGGAGAAUACCCGAAAGACGAAAUAUCACAAUCUCGGAUCCCAGUACUGAGUGUGAUUAUAUUUGUCAUCUACUGUGUGUUGACGCCUACUCUACUGCUAAGUAUGUUAAUUGCUAUGAUGUCCAAUACGUUCCAAUCAAUUAAAGAAAAUUCGAAACGAGAAUGGUUGAAACAAUGGGCAAUGAUCAUCUUAGUUUUGGAGCGUUCUCUAAGCAAAGCAAAUUUAAUAAGUUUACAGAAAAAAUAUGCCAAUGCGAUAGCAAAAAAGAAGUAUGUUUCCAGAAAAUUUGGUACUGCUUCUAAGGAUAACACAGUUCCAGUCAAUGAAAAUGGUUGUAAGAAGCAACUGCAAGAGGAGACGUGUUUGGGACUUAUUCUUGUGAAAAAUAGAACUACAACUAGAGCAGAGGCAAGGAGGCAAGCCAAAGCUAACUGGAAGUUUGUUGGUAGGAAUACAAGAAAACAAUUAAUACAACAGAAACAGAGUGGUCCUAAGAGCACGGAUAGCAGUGCAACAACGUCUUCGAGUAUAUAUGAUGUUUUUACCACAAUGAAAACCAAGAACAUGUUUCCAACAGAGACAUGA